UUCUCUUGCCGUCUCAACAAAAUUUUUUCCUUCCAUAUAUUCAUGGCAAGUGAAACUUGUUCAAUACUCUCUUCCUCAUUUCAUUCAAUAAACAUGACAGAUGCUUCCACUUUCCUUUGCUCAAAAUUUUCUGAGAUAGCAUUAGCCAUCAAUACUUCUUACCUUCUCUUCUCUGCCUAUUUCUCUUUUACUAUGCAAAUCGGUUUUGCUUUGCUAACUGCUGGCUCUAUUCGUUCCAAAAACAUCACGAAUGUCAUGCUCACAAACAUAAUGGAUGCUUGCAUAGGUGCUAUCUCAUACUUCAUUUUUGGAUUUGCCAUAGCUUUUGGACCAACCGACGGUUUUAUCGGUGAUCAUCACAACUUCUUUGCUUUGAACUCUUUUCCUGAUUCCUCCGGCUACGACUUUAGCUUUUUCCUAUUCCAGUGGACCUUUGCCAUAACUCCAUCGGGAAUCACAAGCGGCUCUAUGGCGGAACGUACACAGUUUAUUGCCUACUUAAUGUACUCGUUUUAUUUAACUGGUUUUGUCUAUCCCACAGUUUCCCAUUGGUUUUGGUCAAGCAACGGUUGGGCUAGUGCAACACGAGAUCACAACAGCCUCUUGUUUAGCUCGGGUGCAAUCGACUUUGCUGGAUCCGGAGUGGUUCAUAUGGUCGGCGGGAUAGCGGGUCUUUGGGGAUCUUUCAUAGAAGGACCAAGAGUCGGAAUGUUCGAUGGAUCAAGAAGGGCUUCUACUGUACAUAGUCAUGAUGUUCCCCUUGUAGUGUUAGGUACCUUCCUGGUAUGGUUUGGUUGGCAUGGUUAUAAUGCAGGGUCAUUCUUAACUAUCUUGCAAAGCUACGAGCAGCAGUUUCCUUACUAUGGUCAGUGGAGUGCCAUCGGACGAACCGCAGUGACCACAACGCUGGCUGGGUGCACAGCGGCAUUAACCACAUUAUUCACUAAACGUUUCUUAGGAUCUCACUGGAAGGUCACUGACGCUUGUUCAGGACUACUCACUGGGCUGGUUGCAAUCACCUCAGGCUGCGCUGUUGUCGAUCCUUGGGCUAGUAUUGUGUGUGGCGUUGUCGCUGCGUUGGUCAAGAUUGGACUUGAUAAGCUAGCUAAGAAACUUAAAUUUGACGACCCUCUUAAUGCUGCGCAGCUGCAUGGUGGUUGUGGCGCAUGGGGCUUACUCUUCACCGGAUUAUUCGCUACCAAGAAGUUUGUGAACGAGGUUUAUUCGGGCGAUGGCAGUAGGCCGUACGGACUGCUGAUGGGCGGAGGAUGGAAGCUACUAUCAGCACAGAUCGUUGAAAUCAUUGUCAUCUUCUCGUGGGUGACGUUAACAAUUGUUCCCUUGUUUUAUGGACUUCAUAGAUUCAAUCUUCUCAGGAUAUCUACGGAGGAAGAGCUGGCUGGUAUUGAUAUAACAAGUCAUGGUGGAUUUGCCUAUCAUUACGAAGAUAAGGAUGCGGUAUCCAGAAGAUCAGUCGACCAGGCCUUAGGUGGGAGAGAAGGUUUUUAAUAGGAAGAAAGAAUUCAAUGAAUAAAAAAAGUGUUUCAUGCAGUUCUAGGAAGAGAUAACUUGUGGCUGGCUAAAAGUGAAAUGGUGAAGAAAUUAUCCAUGCGUAUUUUCAUUUUUUUUUUAUCUUUAAUGUUUUUUUGUAAACUUAUGUGUUAAGUAUUGAACGAAAUUGGUUUGGUUCCGUUUGUUGUAUUAUUUUGAAUACUUACAAUAUGGUUUAAUUCCGUUUGGAUCCAAAUAUACCCGAUUCGUUGU